AUGAUUUUCAAAAUUCAUUUCCUUGUUUUUGGUGCCCUUUUAACUUAUGUAUCUUCAGUGGAAUAUCUUAUUUUACGUGAAAUCGACACAAUCCUAAAAAACGACCAAAUGACAAGAAACUACUUAGACUGCGUUUUGGACAAAGGAAAAUGCACAAAAGAAGCAGAAAAACUUAAAAAGGGGAUAACUGAAACUAUGAAAAAUGGAUGUGUCAAAUGUGAACAAAAACAGAAAGAAGAUGUACACAAAGUUUUUCAACAUCUAAUGAUACAUAGACCAAACUGGUGGCAUGAACUCGAAACUAAAUUCAAUCCACAUCACGAAAUUAAAUUGCAGCACUUACACCAAAGUAAAAUUAAUCCACAUGAAGAAGUUAAAUUACAGCAUUUACAUCAAUUCCCACAUCACGACUUCUUGGAAAGGGAAGGAUUUAUUCGUUAA